AUGAUCCUCUGGUGUUCUCGUUAUUGGCCAAUUGAUUUCAAGAGCCCUCUUCACCGCACGUAUCUUAUGGAUGUAUCACAUCAGCAACAAACAACAAUGUUACGUGUCCUUUUGGUGCUGUCAAGGUGUAUCCAUCUCUCAUGGCAUUCAUCAUCAAGUAUCGCUUGGAGAAACGGCUAUCAGGAUUGGUCACUGUGUCGGCAUCUCCACAGCAAGGAAAUGUGUUCUCAUUACUGGGUGGCAUCAAACAUCGUGGAUUCUCAUAUGACACUGGCUAACAUCGUUGGCAGCUAUGAUUCAUUUGCGACAGUGUGGUCAGCCCUAUCAUGGCCCUAUCAAUUGCAUUUGAGGAUUACUGCCUUAGCCGUUGGAAGUUAG